AUGGGCAAGGAAGAUGAAACCCAUUCCAUUGAUGGAUCUACGCCGACAGCGAGCAGUCGGGAUCUGAGCACCCAACCAAAUGUAGACCCCGAGAAGGGCUUCAUCCAGCCUGCUACGGCAGAACAAAAACAAACACCUAACGAUCCCAACAUCGUCGACUGGGACGGCCCCGACGACCCAGAAAAUCCACUAAACUGGACCUCGAAGAGAAAGUUCGGAGCGACAAUGUCCAUCGCACUAAUCACACUUCUGACACCACUAGGUUCAUCGAUGUUCGCUCCCGGUGUACCGCAACUAGUCAAAGACUUUUCCGUGACGAGCACCGAGCUAUCGUCAUUCGUGGUCUCGGUAUAUCUACUAGGCUACUGUUUCGGCCCCCUGCUCAUUGCGCCUCUGUCGGAGAUGUACGGCCGACAAUAUAUCUACCAUGUGUGCAAUGUUCUCUACGUAAUAUGGACGGUAUGCUGCGCUGUUGCGCCCGAAGUCGGCAGUCUCAUCGUGUUCCGAUUCCUGGCUGGCUUUGCCGGUAGUUGUCCGUUGACUAUUGGUGCUGGGUCGAUUGCCGACAUGUACGUGCAGGAGAAGAGAGGUGGCGCAAUGGCAGUUUGGGCUAUAGGUCCUUUAAUUGGGCCGGUUAUUGGUCCUAUUGCUGGUGCAUACAUAGCACAAGCGAAGGGUUGGAGAUGGACCUUUUAUAUCUUGGCGAUGGCUAGCGGUGCUAUCACCAUCAGCUCGGUUUUCACCAUCCGCGAGUCCUAUGCGCCUACGCUCCUCGCUCAAAAAACCAAAAGGCUCCGGAAAGAAACGAGGAAUCCGAAUCUGCGCUCAGCGCUUGACACCGGUCGCACAGCGAAAGAACUAUUCCUGUACUCCAUCAUCAGGCCGACCAAGAUGCUCUUCCUUUCUCCAAUCGUGUUCCUCCUUUCCCUUUACGUCGGUGUGAUCUACGGAUAUCUGUACCUUCUCUUCACAACGAUCACGUUGGUUUUCGAAGACAAUUACGGCUUCGGUGAAGGAAUCGUCGGAUUAACAUACCUCGGCCUUGGAAUUGGCUCGGUGAUCGGGCUGCUCGUUUUGGGAGGGACCUCUGACAAACUGCUCACUUAUCUGUCGGCCAAAAAUGGUGGCGAAAAGAAGCCCGAGUACCGUCUUCCGCCUAUGAUUCCUGGCUCCUUGUUUGUGCCCGUUUCGCUGUUUAUUUACGGGUGGACAACGUACUACCACACUCAUUGGAUUGUGCCCAUCAUCGGCACUUCCUUCCUUGGAGUUGGAAUGUUGAUUUCCUUCAUGAGCGUGACCACUUACUUGGUAGAUGUGUUUACAGUUUAUGCCGCUUCCGCCAUGGCAGCGAACACUGUGUUUCGAUCUCUCGCCGGUGCAAUGCUUCCACUUGCUGGGCCUAAGAUGUAUGCUGCUCUUGGGCUGGGUUGGGGAAACUCGUUGCUUGGAUUUAUUGCAUUGGCGUUCUGUGCACUGCCAGUUAUAUUCUGGGUUUAUGGCGAACGUAUUCGAACGAGUCCAAGAUUUCAAGUGCAGUUCUAA